GCGUUCCCAAAAGCUGUUGUGCAGCCAUUUCAUUCAACCCACAGCACUUGAGUUGCACUAAACAAAAAAGAGAGAGAGGAAAAACAUGUCUGCUCUCAACAGAAAGAUCGUUUACACCACAUCAGCUCCAAAUGCCAUCGGUCCGUACAGCCAGGCGGUGGUGGUGGACAGAACCAUGUACGUCUCGGGUCAGAUUGGGAUGGACGUGGCCUCCGGUCAGCUGGUGGACGGAGGAGUGCAGGCUCAGACCAAACAGGCUCUGAGCAACAUGGGGGAAAUCCUUAAAGCUGCAGGCUGUGACUACAGUAACGUGGUGAAGACCACAGUGCUGAUGAAGGACAUGAACGACUUCAACACCGUCAACGACGUCUACAAGACAUUUUUCAGCACUAAUUUCCCUGCCAGAGCUGCCUACCAGGUUGCUGCUCUGCCCAGAGGUGCGCUGGUGGAAAUCGAGGCGAUCGCCGUCCUCGGCCCUUUAUCUGACUCCUGACUCGCCGACCGCGUCCCAAACAAGCUGUAGCCGAGCAACAAGGCGUCCAAUUGUUUCAGGUUUUCCUAAAGAGGCAGCGUUGUGUUUCCAGACUGGGGCCCUCAACGGAGAAGCAACAAAUAAAGUAAUUGUCAAAAUGUGUUGAUUCA